CAAGGUUAUUAUAGAAAAUAUUUCAGAUUUUUUCUGGGAUUUCCCUUGCAACACAGUAGAGCAGAUACAAACAUUGAAGAUGUUCUGCUUCCAUAGGUUUAUUCGUUUGCUGAUCACUCAUGCAUAAAAAUAGCUCAUAAACAAUUCCCUUGGCCUUCUCUCGAAAAGACAUCACUGCAUUUUUUUCUUUCUGCUACUUGAAUUUUCUUUUUUGACCUCAGUUGCCUUGUUAGAAUUCAGUUAACUACAAAAGCAGGUGUGUUAAGUUGUAUUUACAGUUUAGAAUUUGCUUUGAAGCAGCUAGAUUUUGUUAGCAAAAAGCCAACUUAUGACAUAAUAAUAGACUCGUGCAGGACACUAUUUGAACACAUUACACACCGUACAUGUGAAAAAUUACAAGUUACGUUCAGUAUUCAUUCAUUUAUAAAGCUAAUAACCAUAAACCAUGCCUCUAUCAUUGCGAAACGUCAAUCCGGUCAAUGUCAGUAGAGACAGUCGUGAGAUGAAGGAGAUAUCGAAGAAUUUGGAACAUUUUAAGAACUAUACAUUAGUGAACAUCAUUCGUCAGCUUAGCAACCUCAGUUGCCAUGCUGAAGACAUUUUUACAGCAAUCCACCAGGAGGCAACACACAUCUUCCAGAGAACAUCCAACCUUCGGAUCAAAGUGAAAAAACUCUCCAGCGUUAUCGACACUCUGGAUCCCUUAGUAGUUGACGAUGAUCUGGAAGGUGCUUUUCAAAGAGCACCAUUUUGUAGCAAAAAUGCAUGUGAAAAUAACCUGCUGGAUAGAAAUAAGUUACCAAAAUGUGUACAGGAUUUGUAUCUGGGAUGUGAUAGAGCCCCAAAUUUUGAAGACUUGACUAAAUUAAGAGACGACGGGAAAAAGAGCACUGAUUUUUAUAGCAAUCCAAAAUUCUUCUUCGACCGUUGGCGAUCAGAACAAGAGAAAAAACUAUCAAAUCGUAAAAAAGAGAGACCGCCUAAACGCAGACCGUAUAAACGAACACCAGCUAGUGUUCCAACUCCUUGCAACAGUUAUACCUCGUUAUUACAAAAGAAGAAACAACUUGAGUUACAAAAAGAUGGAAAAGAAAUAGCGGAAAUCAAAGCAGAUCAUAUCAGAGCUGAAAUGGCGCAGAAAAUGAGCAAGGAUGGCAACGAUAAUGAUUGUGUCGGUGAAGGUACACCAGGGUUGGGCGUAUACUCCGAGGUCUCGUUGGAACCGGUUGACCAACACCGAUCCAUUAGUGGAGGUCUCCUAUCAGCUCUGCAGAAACAAGGUGUUAUGGGGCAGGAUAGAGCCUCUGUCGCUGAUGAGACAGAUGUGGUUGCUGACCUCCUACAACGUCAAAUGGAUUUCAGCGAAAGCGAAGACUUAGGAUGGGACGAGGAUGAAUGGGAUGAAUUUGAUGAAGAUGCUUGAUGUCUACAAGUUUGGAAAAUUGAUGCAGUCUCUAAAAAUAGCGAUUAAAAUUUCCACCAUAAAUAUUUAAAUCUGAAAAAUGUGCUCUAUUAUUUGUAUGAUAUACAAUGUAUAAAUUUUGUCAACAUUGUUUUUAUUAUGUGAAAAUGUCAUCUACGUCAUAAACAAUUUUGCUGUAUAUUCAAAUUUGCCAUUAUUUCUUGAAUUACUUUUUUUUAAAAUGUAAAUAUAUCUUUUUUUAAUAAGCUACAGAUCAAAUUAAAAUUUUCUUAAAUGAUGACUGCAAUAUGUCAAUGUAGUAAGGUAACACCAUGUCAGCUUUGAUGAGAGUUAAAAUAUGAAAUCAUUAAAAACAAACUUAAAAUUUAAAUUCAAAUCAAAAAUAAAGAACUUAUUAGUGUCACUGGUGAACCUGGGGAGUAGCAUUGGCCCUAGAAUAUUUAUGAUGGAUGUGCAGCAGUCUGACAGGGGUUCUGACAAAUUCCAGAAAGGCCAGGAGCAUGGUCCUGGUAGAGGUCCUGGAGACUAUUCCCUCCGGUGCCUGGAGAAAUUGGAGAGUUUUAGUAUUGUGCCAAUUUGUUUCCUAUUUUUUAAUGAAAACAAACCAAUGUGAGGGGAGGGGGUAAGUAGUACUGCCACUGCUGGAGAGGGGACACAAGGUAUAGGAAACAUUUACCAUUUUGACUAGUAGAUUUCACAGGUUAUUGCUAGGUAACUUAAGUUGUAUAUUUAUCACAAUUGUUUGUUAAAUUUUAUUUGUUUUUUAUAUUUUUUUAUCUUGUCUAAAUAAUGAAUGAAUGCAGACUUGUCAAGUGCUACAGACAUUUUGCCUGAUUACCAGUGGCGUAUCUAGAAGUCUUGAAAUGGGGGUGCUGAUCAGGGGCGUGAAGGUCAAGUGGGGGGAGGGCUCGAUGAUCAGUUGAGGGACACUAAUUUGCAAAAUAAGGUGAUUUUAAGUAUUU